AGGCUAAAGCUCGAGUUUGGUUUUUACUACGCGGACUCCAUUUCUUCCCUUUAUCCUUAUCCUUUAAUACUUGGAAUGGCAUCUGAAGCAACUGAAAACAAAGCUACUGCGGUUGUAGCCGAUGCCAACAAACCGCAAGUAGUGGCGGCAGCUGACGGGGUGAAGGCAGAAGAUGCAGUAGUGAAGCAAGACUCAGUCGCCGGGUCGAGCUCUGACGUUGUUAUGGAUGAUGAUGAAAAAUCAAAAAUGUUGAGGGCAACUCGUCAACUCGAGUUCUACUUUGCAGAUGCAAACCUGCCUUAUGACAAAUUCAUGUGGACCCUACACACAGCAAACCCCGAACACUGGGUUCCCAUCUCUACAGUUGCAUCGUUUAAGCGCAUGCGCGAGUUCAGUCCCUUAGGUCUGGACUGGGUCGCAAAUGCAUUGAAAACUAUCAGCACGGAGUUAGAAAUAGAUGAGACCAAUACAAAAGUACGUCGGAAGACCGAGGUCACAGAACCGAAAGGCCAGUUCGAACGAAGCAUUUACGCUAAAGGCUUUGGAGAGGAAGUCCCCGGUUUGCAACGAAAACUGGAAGAGUUCUUCAACCAGUAUGGCAGGACGAAUGCUGUGCGUAUGAGACGCGAGGAGGAGACGAAGCAGUUCAAGGGCUCCGUAUUCGUCGAGUUCGAUAGCGCCUCUACAGUCGAGAAGUUCCUGAAUGCUGACCCCAAGCCUUCCUGGAAUGGGCAAGAACUUUUGAUCAUGACUAAGGAAGCCUAUUGCGAAAUGAAGAUCAAGGAAAAGGGUAUAACUGGCAAGAAUGCUGUUCUUCGUAAGCAAAAUAUGGCAGGAGGGCGGGGCUUCAAUGCCUUCAAAGAAAUGGCCGCUCAAAAAAGCGGCAGUCGAGAUAAGGAUAACAAGCCCAAGGACAGGCCCAAGCCCGAAGUUUGGCUAGAAUUCCUUGGUAACCGGAUCCGGGUCUACGAUGAGGAUGGUGGUACUAUCAAACCCGACGAACUUCCCUUCGUCAAGGGCGCGAGUCUGAAAUUUGAAGGCGUUGAAGGCGACGUAAGCUUUGACGAGGUCAAGGGUCCGCUCAAGGAGCGUUAUACGCGCGCCCCGUUCGUCAAGUACAACAAAGGAGAUACAUGGGGUCUCGUUGGCUUUGACAGAGCCUUGUCAGAAGAAGAUAUCGCUUAUGUGAAGGAGAAUAUUAAAAUCCUUGGAUCCAAAGAAGUAACGUGGACAAUUCCUGACGAGGAAACUGAAAAGGCAUUCCAAACUGAACGCGCUACCGGCGCAGCAAAACGUGUCAUGGGCUUUGCAAACAAGAGUGAGCAAGGCAGCCGAGGCGGACGCGGCGGUCGUGGCGGUCGUGGACGUGGAGGUCGAGGCAGAGGGAGGGGUGGCAGGGGUGGCAGAGGUGGCCGAGAUUCUAGGGCUGGGGACUCAACGUCUGCAGAUGCCACGAAAAAUGACGAUACACAGGCAGGUGAUAAGCGGAAACGUGCCGUGGAACCUGAUGGUGGCCCUGACGUGGGAGUUAGGAAUCAGAGUAUUCCCCUUGUACAGAGCGCGAAGAAGACAAAAGUUGAGGGUGGCGCAGGAGAUUCAUAGUUUGGGUGUUUGUUGAGUGUCUCUCUUCAUUGCAGUGUUGUCCACUCGUGUCAUAUUUCAUGCAAGUGUACUGAAUCUUGUAGCAGUCUAGUUACCAAAUGUAUCCUGUAGCUUCGCACCCUUGAUUCGAUGCGACACUUCUCAACGCCCAUUAUCGGCAUCAUGAAUGUCCCGUUCUGCAAUCGACCAACUUUGUUCACACUGAAGCCUUGAUUGAUCCUUCUUUUCAUACUUCGAACAAGGACCAUACAUUUGGCCACCAGCAGGUUAGUAUUACUGUAUUUCCCGAGCUUCUCAGGGCACCUGAUGUAACCACGAGCACUCUCCGUAUGCAAUAUAUUCACUUCGUAUCUUCCA